ACGGAACCCGAGUCCGUUUUUUGACCGAACUUUAUUUUAGACGAGUAAUUUUAUUUCCGGUUUCCACGCAGGCAAGAAAAUCGAAAAACCGGUCUACGAGAAACAAACAACGAAAAUGCCUGUAUCGAGCUCUGUGUCAUGUGUGCUGUCCCUUACAUUGGGCCUAGGACUGUUUGCAGGCAUGCAGAUGUUUAAACAGCAGUUGGCAGCCACAGAGUACAUGACGGUGAUUGGAGGAUUCAUCGGAAGCUGGUUCUUUGUUUUUCUUUUAACUGGUGUUAGUAAUUUAGAAUCAUCCUUAUUUGGAAAGGGAUUUCAAGCAAAACUAUUUCCAGAAGUUGGAUUCUGUUUAGUGGUGGCCAUGUUUGCCUCAGGUCUGGUCCACAGAGUUUGUGUAACAACAUGUUUCAUUUUCUCUGUUGUGGCAUUAUACUACCUCAACAAGAUAGCCCAGUCACGAUUCACUCCAGCACCAACACCAGUAAAGGCCACUCCGGCAAAGAAGAAGAAGUAGAUGCACAUAAUCUCAUUUAUUCAUGUUCAGUAACGCUUUAUAUAAUAGGGAUAAUUAAUAAAUAUAUUUUAAAAGUUG